GCGUGAACUGCAUUUGUUAGGAAAAAUGCAAAGUUUUGUGCGUACAAGUGCUUUUUAUAAAUAAAAAAUAAAAUAAAUAAAGUGCAUUUAGCAUUUCUAAUGCAUUAAGAAAUAUAUUUGUGAAAAAUGUUUGGAAAAUAGUGUUAUAUUAAUAACAUCCGGUCUCCGUAUGAAAAAAUUCAACGCAAAUAUUUUACACAAAAAGAGAAAAGCAAAAUAGUGGAAAAAAAAAUUAAAACCCAAAUUAAAUGAUUGUCGUGAAUUAAGUAGUAUAUCCCGGUAGUUUUGGGACAAAAAAAUGGAAUAUCCACAAAUAGACUUAUAUAAAUUCCUAACCGAGUCCGAACUGCAACAUUAUUACAAUGCCAUCAAAAAUGAACUGAAAAUUACUAACGCUACACAGUUUAAGUAUGCUACUGAUGAGGACUUAAAAAAUAUUGGACUUUCUCGACCUGAAAUACGCAGACUAAGAAAAUUUUAUGAAAAAUAUUUUCCUCAUGGUUACUUAAGUAAAAUAAAACGCUUACUGCAAGCACCGACUUCAAUUGUAAAGAGAGAUGAUGGAAACUCAAAUUCCACACAGUUGGCGAAUCAAUCGCCCGAGGUUCAGUCUACAAAUAAAACUGUCCAGUCACCUAGCAAAGCACCAAAUAACAAACAUAUUAUACCAGCUGAUUCCAUAAGUGUGAAUAAACAACUCGGAACCGGCGAGUUUGGCAUUGUGCAACAAGGUGUCUGGACUAAUGGUACAGAGAGAAUACAAGUUGCCAUAAAAUGCCUCUGCCGACAACGUAUGCAGUCCAAUCCGAUGGAAUUUUUAAAGGAAGCUGCAAUAAUGCACUCUAUCGAGCACGAAAAUAUUGUACGUUUAUAUGGAGUUGUACUGGAUACAGAUUCGCUUAUGUUGGUUACAGAACUCGCACAUCUACGCUCAUUACUGGAAUGUCUCAAAGAUUCGGGCUUACGUGUUAGUUUUUUAACAAUUCCUACACUAUGUGAAUUUGCUAUGCAAAUAUGUAAUGGUAUGAGAUAUUUAGAAAACAAGCGUCUAAUACACAGAGACUUGGCUGCGCGCAAUAUUUUAGUUUUUAGUAAGAACAAGGUAAAAAUAUCUGAUUUUGGUUUGUCUCGCGCACUUGGUGUUGGGAAGGAUUACUACAAAACAAAUUUCAAUGUAAAUUUAAAGCUGCCAAUAGCUUGGUGUGCACCAGAGAGCAUAAAUUAUUUACGUUUUACCAACGCAUCUGAUGUUUGGGCAUAUGGUGUUUGUCUUUGGGAAAUGUUUUCUUAUGGAUUUCAGCCAUGGCCUGCCUUAACGGGCAUGCAAAUUUUGGAAGCAAUCGAUGGACCCAAUUAUCAGCGACUUGAACAACCCGAUUGUUGUCCACAAGAGUAUUAUACGCUCAUGAUGAAAUGUUGGCAAGAUGAUGCAAUGAAACGGCCAAAAUUUAGCGAAAUCUAUGAAAUAUUACCCGAUAUGAAACCCGAACAAUUAAAAGCAGUUGUGAAUAAUUGUGAAUCUAAAAAGGAUCAUUUGGAAUACCGUCAAGGCGAUAUAAUUACUGUAUUGGAUCGAAACACUGGUACACCCUUUUGGAAAGGUGUUUUGAUUAGUGGUAAAACAGGAUUUUUCAACCCAUCAAAUACUGUAGCGUAUCUUGAAGGCUUACCAACAAUGAACAGAGAUUCGUUUUGUCGUGUAAGUGAACGUAGUAGCAAACGAAAAUUAAGAACUGAAAUGAUAUCCAAACCACAGAACGACUUGAAACACACCGGCCAUGUUGGAAUUGAUGGAGCAUCUUUCGGUGAUGUCGCAUUCUUGGGCAAUUCACAAAAUUAUAAUCACGUACCACGUCAAAUUGUUACGCCAUAUAAACCUUCUGAAGAUAUUGAACAAACACCAUUAUUAUUGCCACCAACACCUACAAGUCCUGACUCUCUACAAACUGCUAGUGGUUAUUUUCCAGAAGGUGCAAAUGUUACCUCUUCAAAUCCUACAUUUAUAUCUUCUGCUGAAAAUACACCAAAAAAUUUCUCAAAUACUUCUCAAUCCUCAUUUGAAUUUCCCGGUCAACAAUUAGUAUUGGGUCCUACAGUCAAUGUCUCCACAAAUCCAUUUGCAAGUAAGAAUGAUGAUGAAGUAAAUAUGUCGGCAGCAUAUGCCAUGCAAAACAAUCAAUACAGUAAUGACAGCAAAAUGUUUGCAAACGAAAUUGAAGUUCUGACAUCAAGUCAGGCUGGAAUAUCUGGUAGACCAUCGUCCAGAAGUAAUUCUGAAGAUCCACAUGUAUAUCAUGAGAUAUCAGAUGAUGAAAUGGUAGCGGACAAAUUAGAUUUUGGUCCUUCAUUAUUGGCUGAAAUAAAUUCAAUGUUUGGCUCAAUGAGCGCAACAUCAAGUCAACCAAAAUCUCCAGAUUUUGAGCAUGUUAACAUAAAAAACGAAUUUACAGAAAUCUCUACUAAAUUAGUACGUAAAAAUAGUGCUGGGGAUGCUAAUGGCAACAAAUUUGGUAUUGGUUCUAUGAAGAAAAAAACAGCUGGAACUGUUAAGCAAAUAUCAGUGAAAGAUGAAAAAAUACUUAAUCAAGCAAUCGAAAUAGCAAAUGAAAUGAGUGCGAGGUCCAUGAUUGAUUUGGGUGCUGAUCCAGCAAUAUCAGCACAAAGUCCGAAAAGAAAGUUCAGUUUUCGCUUUCCUCAUUUGUCGAACAAUGGCUCCAAUGAUAAAUCAAAUAGUAAUGGAUCGCCAAAUCAUGCUGGUGGCGGUGUUAACAAUGGCUUACACACUGGCAUUUCUUCUCCAUAUUCGAAAAAGAAGAACUUCACUGAAGAACUGAAGAGUAUACCAGACUUACAGCGCUUCCGAUCUUUAAAUGAGAUUAAAAACUAUAAUAAUGCUGACAUACGUAUACCACUUUUUGAUAAAAAGAGUUCAGAUUUUUGUUUUGAAAAAUCUCGUGAAAUUCUCACUCGUCCAUUAAGUUUUGAUCCACCACCAGGUUUGAGUAACACGACAAAUGAAAAGAAACGUGACCGAAAGAGUAUCUCUGAAAAUAUAAUGGAUAUAGAAAAUACAUUGAAGGCUUUAAAUCAGGAUUUUAUGUAUACCUACACUGAACUUAAUAAAACCGAUUCCGAUGAAACUAUAUUGAAUGAGCAGUUUUCCAGUAUAGUUUCAUCAAUUGAUGAAGAAAUCAGCAGUGCUACUGGUAGCCUCAGAUCUGCUGUUUACAAUUACAGUAAUGGUGUACAGACAAUGUUUGAUUUCAAUGCUGCUACCAAUCAUAUCGACAAGCACCUACAAUACAUGAACGCUCAGAGUCAAAAUCAAUCAGUUUGUGAUACAACUUUAGAUCAGAAAUUGAUUGAAGACAAACGUUCUAGUACACCAGAUACAGGAUUUGCUUCGCGCGAUACUAAUAUUUCGUUAUCUCGACGUAGUAGUCAAAAAUCGAGUUAUAGUCCGCAAGAAAACUUUUUUAAUCCAAAGGACUUGCAUAUUGCGUCGAGUGGUUACACAGGACUAAGAGAGGAAAAUACAUUAUCUAGCGAAAGAUUUUGUACAAAAUAUAAUGCCUUGUCUGCUUCACCUAAUAAGACUGCUGAACAUGUCAGCAAUAACUCAGUUUACUCGCCCAGAGAAUUGAAAAUUGACACCGAACAAUUUAAAAAUAAGAGCUACCGACAACGCUCUAUGUCUUUUACUGAUCAUUUUAAUCCCAUAUCUCCUGUGAUGUCUGAGCCGCAACAACGUGUUAAACGACAAUCGACAAAUAUUAAAAACUCGCAAUCUAAUUCAAAUGGGCAGCCAACUAGACGAUCAGCUUCCUACAAACCGCGAUCCAUACGUGCACGCACUCUACGUCGACUUAGUUAUAAUCCAAUUAUUUUAGAUUCCAGCAGUUCCAGCGAUGGGGAAAGCGAUUGUAAUCGCAGCGUUGCACGCUCUGAAUGUGACAUACGUACUCGUGUUUCCGUAUUAUAUCGUCGACGUCGUCAGGGUAUUGGCCAUAAAACACUCUCGUCGUGUAAUGACGAUCACGAAGCUAUUGUUGCUUCUAACAAAUUAUAUGGCUCUAAUGCUAGCAUAAAAUCCGCUCCUCAUUACAACUAUGGCGGUCGCAUGGGAUCAUAUCGAAACUAUCCCCGAAAUAUGUUUGACCAAUUAGCUUACGAAGAUAAGAUAUACGAUUUUGGUGGUCGAGGACCAGGUAAUAACUACGGUGUCACUGCUACAACAAAUCAAAACAUAAUUAAACCACCUAAAACUUUUACUGUUAAUGGAAGUUGCGCUGGUUCGGGCUCAGGUUCAUCUUCGGCAACAUCAACAGCUGCACCGUUUAGUGCUAGCACACGUAGUGCUAUAUUCCAUGAAUUUGAUGUUAGCAGAUUAACUGGAAAGAGUCCCACAUCUAAUUUCGUCAACUCCUCUCCAGAAGAAAGAAAUUCCAGACAGUCUAAAGGACCAAAUGCAACUCCUCCAACUACGCUCCCACUGCCAUUGUUAAAUCAUACAACAAAUGCAAAUACUGCCAAUACUUCAAAAUUGCAAACAGAAUUCCAUUGGCCAGAAAAAAUUCAUGGUUCCACCGUUAAGCAAAACGAUAUGUUCUGGCGGCAACAGCAAAGAGAUGUUGACGCUCAAAGCGCAUUUCUACGUAAUUUACAAACCGUCGAUCAUAUACACACUAGUGACAGUUCUUCCACUGAAAGUGGUGAUGAGUUCGUCUACCGCAGCGAAUUCAUACCACACGUUCCACCGAGUCCCGCCCCAUAACUAAGAAAAAUGCUGAAAUAUUUACUCAAUUUGCUUUUCGGAAAUGUUAUGUCGAGCGAUUAGAAAGCUUCAGAGAUAAAGUCAGAGAAUUAUGCAGUUCUUACAAAGGAUACGAAAGAUAUGAAUGAUAUGAAAUGAAUACGACGGUGGAAUAUGCGAGUGAAUUGACUUACUUAAUUGUGUUUUGUUUGGAAUGUAGACGAACCUUUAGUAAAUAACAUACCGUACAGGAAAGGCUGACCUCAAUAGAAAAUGUGUCGAAAAGUAAAUUGAACAAAUAUUUACAGCAUUAGAAACUAUAAAAAAUAGAAAACAAUAAAAUCAAGAAACAACAACAAUACAUUUGUUGGGAGUGCCUUACAAAAAUUCCCCACUCAUCAAGUUGUGCAAUGUAGUAAAAUUUUCGCUCUUCUCCUCAACUCCUCAAGUCCUCAAAUUUAGCUAUUUUACAAUGCGUUAACGUAGAAUUGAUAGAUAAUGGUUAUUGAUAAAUUGAUAAAUUGAUAAAUUGUCAUGUU